AAUUAUAUAAUGAAAAAACAUCAACAACAGUUUAUUUCAGUUUUUAUGUAAUCAAUGAGACGAGACAGGCAAAGUUCAUUUUAUGUUGUGAAUUUAAACAUGCAAAGAUAACACAAUAAAGACCGAUUUCCAGGGUUAAGGUGUGUUUUAGGGAAAGAUGUCAAACAAAUGUAGUACAGUAAAAAAGUAGUGUUUAUCUCUGAGCUGUAGUAAAAUAGAAGUAUAAAGUAGCGCAAAGUGGUUCCUUUAAAUUUGUCUAAAGAAUGCAACUUGAGCAGAGUUAAUAUCUGUAUCAUCAUAAGUAAAGUCGAACAUCCAAGUUUCCCUUUAGCUGUGCGUUUAGUCUCACUUCACCUGAACUAUGCUGACUAAAAUAUUCUAAAGACACAUCAGCUAAGGUUCAGUUUGUGAAGCACUCGUUCGUUCAUGUGAGUCGGGGAUCUGUUUGUCCACACAUUAAAGCCUGGCUGUCUUUGUUGCGGUGCGUCGGGGACCAGGCCACGGUGAGGAUUUGCUUUUUGUGGCAGCUUUGUGUUUCGGCUCGGUUGUCCACUGUGGAUGUGGGCACAGACUCAGCUACGUGGCCAGGAAGUUGAGGUUUCACACUUUUUAACUAUGAUUUCACAUUGUGCUGAAAAACGUUUUCCUUCAUUUGAAACCAUCAGUCUUCAUGUGAAAAUGUUCAGAUGCCAGAUAAAGUCCUUGUGAAUGCAUUUGGUGAGUGGGGUGAGCUUUUCCACUCACUAGCAGUGGAAAAUGACGGACAGUGUCUAGAUGAGCAUAACUGACAAAGUUUCGGGCACACUUUGGUAGAAAUGUUGUUGGUUUUUAGCUUUAUUGUUGCUAUUCAAGAUAUAUAACCUACAAGUCCAAGCUACAUGAUGAUUAUAAAAUCUCACUCCUCACUGUAUCUACAUCUGCAUUGUCUGAAUAUUUCCUUUCUGCAUUUUGUGAGCUGGAGUGUGUUACAAAUUGUGAUCACUGUCGAUUUUCCUUCCAGCUCAAACUGACAUGUUCUGCCUGUUAUCACCUAACCGUUUCAGAGUUCAGUCAAACCUGCUGAUUUUAAUCUUAUCUUUAUGUCAUCGCCAUAGUCGGCACUGAAAUCAUAACAGAUUUCCAACAAACACAUCUCAUUUUGCACUUAGUAGUUGUUGCGCCAGCAUUAUGGGAUAAAUUCCCAUAAUUUUUUUUUCUAAUGAAGGGAAAAUGUUAAAACUUGAGUUUCUAAGGCGGAGGGAAUGCUCUAAAACCAAACAGCACCUGCUUAACGGAAGAGCAACAUGCUGGAGAAAGGAGGCUGUGAGGGCGGACUGCAGCUUCCUGUUGUGGCUUUUGUCACCAGUUUGUUAAUCUGCAAGCUUCAUGCAAUUUCAGCGUGUGGGUGCCUCUCAAGCUAAAGAUCUCAUCCAGACAUAUGACUCCUCACUGCUUAUAUCUGUAGAGCUGACAGUCCUGUGAAAUACUGUGAAGUGUGUUGUUGUUCUAACACAAGAAGAGGAAGAAGAAGAGUUUCUCCAGUUUCCUUCCACCGCCUCCAUCCAGGACUUCAGGACCAGGUCCGGCUCGACUCUCCCAGGCCUCACCAUGUCCACAGACCCUGCAGCUGAGCUACCUUUCUACUACGGCAGCAUCAGCCGUACAGACGCCGAGCAGCAUCUGAAGUUGGCUGGGAUGGCUGACGGCCUCUUCUUGCUGCGAAAGUGUCUCCGCAGUCUGGGAGGCUACGUCUUGUCCAUCGUGUGGAACCUGGAGUUUCAUCAUUACUCCGUAGAGAAACAACUUAAUGGGACUUACUGCCUUGCUGGAGGGAAGCCUCACUGUGGGCCUGCAGAGCUCUGUGAGUUUUACAGCAAAGACGCUGAUGGGCUGGUGUGCACCCUAAGGAAACCUUGUCUUCGCUCCCCGGAUACACCAAUACGACCCGGCGUGUUUGACAGCCUGAGAGAGAACAUGCUGAGGGAGUACGUGAAGCAGACCUGGAACCUGGAGGGAGAAGCCAUGGAGCAGGCCAUCAUCAGUCAAGCUCCUCAACUCGAGAAGCUGAUCGCCACUACGGCCCACGAGAAGAUGCCUUGGUAUCACAGUAAAAUCACCCGUCAGGAAGGUGAGAGGCGGCUUUACUGUGGAGCACAACCAGACGGCAAGUUCCUAAUUAGAGACAGAGAGGAGUCUGGUUCGUUUGCUCUCUCCAUGGUAUACGGGAAAACAGUUUACCACUAUCAGAUCCUCGAGGACAAAUCAGGCAAACUAUCCAUGCCAGAGGGAACAAAGUUUGACACAGUCUGGCAGCUGGUUGAAUACCUGAAGAUGAAAGCUGAUGGCCUGGUUACUGUUCUCGGGGAGGCUUGUGUUUACGGAAAAGCUGCUGAAAAGACACCAAAUCUUCCUGUAUCAAGGCGGCCCGGCUCAAAUGGAUACACACCGCCACCUCGAGCUCCUGGAGCCUUGAAGCCAGCGACCACUGUGCCUGAAGACCGUGAAGUUCUGCCGAUGGACUGCGCCGGAUUCAACCCGUAUCACAACCCCAAUGACAUCAAGAGAUUCAACAUCAAGAGGAGUCAGCUGCUGAUCGACGAGGUGGAGCUUGGCUCUGGGAACUUCGGCUGCGUGAAGAAGGGCGUCCUCAAGACAGAAUCAGGUCAGGUAGAUGUUGCCAUCAAGGUGCUGAAGAGUGACAACGAGAAGCUGGUGAAGGAGGAGAUGAUGAGGGAGGCAGAGAUCAUGCACCAGCUGAGUAACCCCUUCAUUGUUCGCAUGCUCGGCUUGUGCAACGCUGAGAAUCUGAUGCUGGUCAUGGAGAUGGCCUCCGCCGGACCCCUCAACAAAUUCCUCUCCAGCAAUAAGGAUACUGUAACUGUGGAGAACAUUGUCAACCUGAUGCACCAGGUGUCCAUGGGGAUGAAGUAUCUGGAGGAGAAGAACUUUGUGCACCGAGAUUUAGCAGCUCGCAAUGUUCUGCUCGUCAACCAACAGUUUGCCAAAAUCAGUGACUUCGGCCUCUCCAAGGCGCUGGGAGCAGACAACAACUACUACAAAGCUCGUACUGCAGGUAAAUGGCCACUUAAGUGGUACGCUCCAGAAUGUAUUAACUUCCACAAAUUCUCCAGUAAAAGUGAUGUGUGGAGUUUUGGUAUCACCAUGUGGGAGGCCUUUUCCUAUGGAGGGAAGCCUUACAAGAAAAUGAAAGGACCAGAAGUGAUGCGCUUCAUUGAAAGUGGGAACCGCAUGGAGAGUCCAGCAGCAUGUCCAGAGCGAAUGUACACACUGAUGAAAGAGUGCUGGACAUACUCGCAUGAGGAGCGUCCUGACUUCAAGAAGGUGGAGGAGUCCAUGAGGUCCUACCAUUACUCCAUAUCCAACAAGGCCAAGCCUGAGGGAGCUGCAGCCGCCGCUGAGCCUACCAAGUAGACAGAAGAAAGGCACAUUCUGUUCCAGCGCUGCACAAAGCGUCCUUUCAACCAGCCAUUAGACAACCAAAACAAAGAGUGUUUUAUGAACGCAGUACACCGAUCAGCUUUGACUACAGUGCCAAUAUGCAGCUAAACAGGCCUCAGCGACAAUAAAUGUGCAUUUGUAAAUCGUGUGUCUGCCAUGUAAGGAUGUCUGUCAUGGUUUGAAUGUUAACUGUCUUCACAUUGAUAAAAAAACUUAUUUUAUAUUCUGGUAUUUUCAGAGAAGAAUGAGAGUAUGACGUAUGUAAGACUUUUUCACUGCAUCUGUUGCCACCUAAGAGCAGCUUAUUGUUUUUAAGCCAAAAAAAGUACACAGAAACUCAUGAUUGCAUUUAUUUUAACUGAUCACAAAUGAUGUAUGGUGUUUUAGGGAGGAAUGUAGCAAUUGAUGUUUUUGUCAUGCUAAAUAAAUGAAUAUUAUUCAGUA